AUGUCGUCUUUGAAUAAACUUGCUAUUCGUGGCAUUCGUUCUUUCGAUGACAAACAAAUCUCUGUCAUUGAAUUCUUCUCCCCUGUGACGGUCAUAGUCGGCCACAACGGUAGCGGAAAAACUACAAUUAUCGAAUGCCUCAAGUAUGCGACGACUGGUGACCAACCGCCCAACACUCGCGGUGGUGCAUUCAUCCAUGACCCGAAGAUGGCUAAUGAAAAGGAGGUGAAAGCACAAGUAAAACUUCGCUUCAACUCUGCCAACGGGACACGCAUGCUUGCGGUCCGUAACCUUAGCGUCACUGUGAAGAAAACUGGGCUGACAAUGAAGACUCUCGAGAGUAUUCUUGCUUUGGCGGACGCUAACUCUGAGAAAGGUGGAAAGAGGAGCGCAAUUUCAACCAAGUGUGCUGAAAUGGAUCAGGAAAUCCCUCAAUUACUUGGCGUAUCCAAGGCCGUUCUCGAGAAUGUCAUAUUUUGCCACCAAGAAGACUCUUACUGGCCGCUUUCUGAACCUUCAACGCUCAAGAAGAAGUUCGAUGACAUCUUUGAGGCAACGAAGUAUACUAAAGCCCUCGACUCUAUCAAGUCUCUCCGCAAAGAUCGUGUUGCCGAACUCAAAGCGGAGAAAGAGCGGUUAGAAGGGCUUGCGAGGGAAAAACAACACGCAGACAAGCUUAGGAGUCGCAUUGUUGCUCUUGGGGAUGAUAUCGCUCAGAAACAGGUCGAAUACGAGGAGACCAAGGAGAGAUAUGAUGAGCUCGCGAAAGCGAAUCAAAAGUUUUCGGACUCCGCCAGCUCCUUCCGAAACAUCUACAACCAGUUGGAGCAGUACGAGGCAAAUAUCAAGCGGCUGAAGGAAGACUUGGAAGAGACAAAAUCAUCAAUGCAGGAGAGAUCAGAGAGCGACCAGGAACUCCAGGCCAAACUCAACAAUUCGGAUGAGAAUUCUCGAGCGCAACGUGAAAAAUUGCGGUCUCAGCGGAGCAAGGCUCAUGGUCUGGAACAAAACCUCAAUGAAACACGUCAGAAACAGACACAGCUGGCCCAACAACUGGGAGCAUUCAAAGCUGAGCAUGAGGCUCAACAAGAGCGAAUAGCCGAGCGUGAACGCCUGAUUCAUGCGACAAGUGACAAGUAUAGAAUAAAGGGGUUCACGCACUCAGGACUGAACGCAGAGAACAUCAUCCAGUUCACUUCCAAGCUGGACGAUGUAUUCGAGAAGCAGAAGAAGACAGCUCUUAGCCUCCAAGUUGUGCUCUCGUUAUUCUCGUUAUUGCUCACUGAUCAUAUCCCUCAGGCGGACAGUAAUGCAGAGAGCGAGGCAUACAAUCGAAAGCACGGUGAGUUGACCAGCGCUGUUCAAGCACAUAAAGCACAACGCCAGCUUCUCCAUAAUCAACUGAGCAAGGCGCAGACCUUCGUCAGGGAACACGAAGAAAAACUGGAGAGUAUGCAAACCAUCAUGGCGGACGUCAACAGUCUCCGAGGCGACAUCGAGGAAAAGCAGAACCGUUUGAGCAAGGCCAAGGCUGACGUGGAGAGCGCGAAGUAUGAUGACAAGAUCCAAGAAAAGACCAAUAUUGUCAAAACGCUCGAGGAACAGCGUGAUGCACUUAAUUCUGAGUUCAAAACGCUCAAUAUGCAAAGUGAUUCACGUGCGAGGCUCAAGCACUUGCAAGUAGAUGUCAAGAACAAGACAGCGGAGAUUGCCAACACAAUAACGUCAGCUAGUGCUGCUUACCGACGACUUGUUGGCGGUGGCGAGGCUGAUGCUAAUACGAUUGAACGAGAGGUCAAUCGAGUUUUGGAGGAGAGAGAGCGGGAGCUCUCGGAAACUGAGCUGGACUCGACGACCGUCAAUAACGAGCUUCAACAGCAGCAUAGUGUUCUGUCAAAUCUCAAGCAACAAUUGAAAGAGAAGAAGGAGCAACUAAAAGCAAUGGAGAAGAAGAUCGUGGACGGGUUGGAGCACCCGGCCAAGGACAUCGACGACCAAAUUGAGGAGGCUCGUGGCGAAUUGGCCUACCGAAUUUCCACUGCAAAUGCGGCCAAAAGUGGGACUCAAAUCUACGAAUCUAUCUUGCAAGAUAGCAAGCGGAAGAAAGCCUGUACGACUUGUAAUCGGCAUCUAGAGGAUCAUGAGAUGCCAGAGUUCGAGCGAAAUCUCAAAGAUCGAAUUCGGCGCGCCAACGUCACGACUGUCAGUGAUCUUCAAGCAGAGGUUUCGGAAUGGGAAAGCCUCGUCAAAGAGUUGCAAGACAUGAAGCCGCACUUGAUGCUUCGGGAUACGCUCCGAGACCGCGAAGUUCCAGCACUAGAGGCAAAAGUCAAAGAGCUGGAUGCCAAGAUCCCUAAGAGUGUUAGCAAGGCAGAUGAGUUUACUGAAAAAAUGACUGACCAGAAGCGGGAAAUCAAUGGUCUUCGCGGUCUCAAAACGCACGCACAGACGGUCUCCCGCUUACAACAAGAGAUCAAGAAGGCAAACGAUGAAAUUGCCACUGUCGAGGAGCAGUUGUCCUUCACAGGCUCCCUCAAGACCAUUGAUGAUGUUCAAAAUGAAUUAGAAGAACUCAGCGAGAAAAUCCGCAAGAACGAAAAACAGAAGGAAGCAGUGAUGAAAGAAAAGGAGACGCAAAACAGUGCGAUUCGUGCUCUGGAGAACACCAUUCACAAGAUGGAGAUGAAUGCAGUCAAUCUUGAGGGUAAACUCCGCGAGAAGGAAUCAUUAGAGACACAGAUCGAGAAGAACAAGCAGGAAAUCCAAACCAAUUCCGCCUUGAUCAAGGCAAGGAUCCUUUGUGAUGUUGACACGAAAAUCAUGGAUGCUGGCGGGCCGAUCGAAGGCUUAAGGUCGGAGCAUGAGCUUGCACAGAAAGAUCUUCAGGCACAAAUUUCCGAUGCGCAAACUCUCUUCCAAGAACUACGAGCGAGCAUCGACCGACUGAAACAAACGAACAAGGGCAUCGAGAAUUAUGCCCGCGGGCGAAGAGAUCAACUCUGGCAAGAAGCUGAAGUGGAGGCAACGACCCUACGAGAUGCGAUCGAUACUCAAGACGGCCAAUUGAACACUGCUCGGGAGGCUAUUGGUAAACUUGAAAAAGACAUCAGUGCGCAAGGUGCUGAAGAGGCCAUCAUUCGAGAGAACCUUCGGGUUCGCAAGAUGAUCAGGGACAUUCAGAAAGAAGAGGAGAAGAUGAGUCAACUUGACAUAGAAGGUGCUGCCCGCGCGAAGCGUCAGUUCAACGAAAAAUAUGGUCCUUCGAAAGAGAAAGAGACUGAGUUACAGACCCGGUAUUCACACCUCGCCGGUGAACUCAACUCUCAAAGGUCUCAACUAAAAGGCCUUGAAGCGGACCUAAAGGAUUUCAAGGAGGUCAACAGGAAGUAUACGGACCAGCUAAUCAAAGUUAAGAUGUCCGAUAUGGCGAACAACGACCUGGAGAAAUAUGCCAAAGCUCUUGACAACGCUAUCAUGAAAUACCACUCAUUGAAGAUGGAUGAAGUCAACGAAACGAUGAAGCAUUUGUGGAAUAAAACUUACCAAGGAUCUGACAUCGACGGUAUUAGAAUAGCCUCCGACGUCGAAGGUGGCGCCUCCAAACGCUCGUACAACUACCGCGUCGUGAUGAAUAAGGACCAGGUGGAAAUGGACAUGCGUGGACGAUGCUCUGCCGGCCAGAAAAUGCUCGCGUCUAUCAUCAUUCGCCUCGCGCUCUCCGAUUCUUUUGGUCAAAAUUGCGGAAUUCUUGCAUUGGAUGAGCCGACCAACGCGUUGGAUACGGAGAACAUCGACGCCCUCGCUUCGAGCCUCGUUGAUAUCAUCAAGGAGCGAAAGAACCAUGCCAAUUUCCAACUCAUCAUUAUCACUCACGAUGAGAAUUUCUUGCGACAACUCGGCCAGAGCGAUGUCAUGGAAUAUUAUUGGCGUGUCUCACGUGACUCGCGACAAAAGUCUGUCAUCGAAAGGCAGCGGUUUAGAUGA